AGCUCCCGCUCCUGCAAAGUCCAACUUCAACAAGGCAAGGGAUUGCUGGCGCCCCCGCAAGCGAGCGAGAGAAAAAAAAAACUUCUUUUUUGUUUUCAAACCAAACGAACAGUCCAAUCCAAUCCCUCGGGCAAUCCAUCCAUCCAUCCAGUGAGCGGAGCGCGCGUGUAUAUAUACAUACACACGGCCGGCCGGCCGCCGCCGCAGGCCCGCAGCAGGCGUCGCUCCUACCGCCACCGGCCGGACUCCCCCCCCCCCCCCCCCCACCUUGUCCCCAUCCGCUUGCCUCCUCCUCCUUCUUCUUCUUCUUCUUCUACUAGUUGCUCUGCUCCGCUGUUACCGAGGCCCGGAGGGAGGAAAGAGAGGAUGGCGGAGGAGACGGUGCGGGAGCUGCGCGCGAGCUUCGCGGCGGGGCGGACGCGGUCGCCCGAGUGGCGCGCGGAGCAGCUCAGGGGACUCAUCCGGAUGAUCGACGAGAAGGAGGCCGAGAUCAGCGCCGCGCUCCAUGAAGACCUCGCCAAGCCGCACAUGGAGUCCUAUCUCCACGAGAUCUCACUGACAAAGUCGUCGUGCAAGUUUGCGAUCAACGGGCUCAAGAACUGGAUGAAGCCCGAAAAGGUACCUGCGUCCAUAACUACAUUCCCGUCCUCCGCUCAAAUCGUGCCGGAGCCCCUCGGUGUCGUGCUCAUCAUCUCAGCUUGGAACUACCCUUUCAUACUCUCUAUUGACCCGGUCAUUGGAGCAAUCGCCGCUGGAAAUGCCGUUGUUCUGAAGCCAUCAGAAAUAGCGCCAGCUACCUCGUCAGUGUUAGCAAAUCUGCUACCCAAGUAUGUUGAUAACUCCUGCAUUAAAGUUGUGGAGGGAGGCGUUCCAGAAACAACCGCACUGUUGGAACAGAGAUGGGAUAAGAUCUUCUACACAGGUAGUGGAACUGUAGCACGCAUAGUGAUGGCAGCAGCCGCAAAGCAUUUAACCCCGGUGGCUUUGGAGCUUGGUGGGAAAUCCCCUGUUGUUGUGGAUUCGAAUGUUGAUCUUCAUGUUGCCGUUAAGAGGAUUGUUGUUGGCAAAUGGGGAUGCAACAAUGGCCAAGCGUGCAUUGCUCCAGAUUACAUCAUAACGACGAAAUCAUUCGCACCAGAGCUGGUGGCCUCUUUGAAAAGAGUCUUGGUAAGGUUCUAUGGGGAGGAUCCUCUGCAAUCAGCAGACUUGUCUCGUAUUGUGAAUUCGAAGCAAUUCAAGAGAUUGCAAGAUUUGAUAGAGGAAAAAAGAGUUGCUGACAAGAUUGUGUUCGGCGGCGAGGCUGAUGAGGAGCAAUUAAAAAUUGCUCCUACAGUAUUGUUAGAUGUUCCCCAAGAUUCAGCAAUUAUGACAGGGGAAAUAUUUGGGCCCUUGCUUCCGAUUGUGACGGUCGAAAAGAUUGAGGAAAGCUUCAACCUGAUCAACGCCAAGCCAAAGCCACUCGCUGCCUACCUUUUCACCAAGAACAAGAAGCUGCAAGAGGAGUUUGUAGCCAACGUCCCUGCAGGAGGGAUGCUUGUGAACGAUACCGCGCUACAUCUCGCCAACCCAUACUUGCCCUUUGGCGGCGUGGGCGACAGCGGGAUGGGGUGCUACCACGGCAAGUUCGGCUUCGACUGCUUCAGCCACAAGAAGGCGGUGCUGAUCCGCGGCUUUGGUGGCGAGGCGAACGCCAGGUACCCGCCCUACACGACGGAGAAGCAGAAGAUCCUGAGAGGACUCAUCAACGGCAGCUUCAUCGCCCUCAUCCUUGCUCUCCUCGGCUUCCCCAGGGAGAAGCGUUAGAUCUAUGAUCUAUGAUCCGUCCUCUUGUCGGAUCCGGUACAGCAUUUUGUUCGUGUUCGUCGUCAGGUGCACAGUAUACACCAUCAUAUGCUGUCAAAUAGAUGCAACAACUGCGUGCCGUGUGCUUUGUGUUACACGGUUGUAUAAUGCAUAUAUGUUGUCACAUUGACAUGUACGUAAGGGAGUUUGCAUAAAUAAGUGUUAUGUGUCUGUCAAUUAUUCAGUGUGCAGAAUGGAUAUUGGAUAGGAUGCGUGGCUGUGGUAUCU